UCGACCGGGCGAUUUUGGUUAAAAUAUUCAAAAUGGCGGACGGAGGAGCAGCGAGUCAAGAUGAGAGUUCAGCCGCGGCGGCAGCAGCAGCAGACUCAAGAAUGAACAAUCCGUCAGAAAACAAUAAACCAUCUAUGGAGAGUGGAGAUGGCAGCACAGGCACACAAACGAAUGGGCUGGACUUUCAGAAACAGCCUGUGCCUGUUGGAGGAGCAAUUUCAACAGCCCAGGCCCAGGCUUUCCUUGGACAUCUCCAUCAGGUCCAGCUCGCUGGAACAAAUUUACAGGCUGCUGCUCAGUCUUUAAAUGUACAGUGUAAAUCUAGUGAAGAAUCGGGGGAUUCACAGCAGCCAAGCCAGCCUUCCCAGCAGCCUUCAGUGCAGGCAGCCAUUCCCCAGACCCAGCUGAUGCUUGCUGGUGGACAGAUAACUGGGCUGACUUUGACACCAGCCCAGCAACAGUUAUUACUACAGCAGGCCCAGGCCCAGGCCCAGCUGCUGGCUGCUGCUGUGCAGCAGCAUUCCGCCAGCCAACAGCACAGUGCUGCUGGAGCCACCAUCUCAGCCUCUGCCGCCACACCCAUGACGCAGAUCCCUCUGUCUCAGCCCAUACAGAUAGCGCAGGAUCUUCAGCAACUACAACAGCUUCAACAGCAAAAUCUCAACCUACAGCAGUUUGUGUUGGUACAUCCUACCACCAACUUGCAACCAGCACAGUUUAUCAUCUCACAGACCCCCCAGGGCCAGCAGGGUCUCCUGCAAGCGCAAAAUCUUUUAACGCAACUACCUCAGCAAAGCCAAGCCAACCUCCUACAGCCGCAGCCAAGCAUCACCCUCACCUCCCAGCCAGCAACCCCAACUCGCACAAUAGCAGCAACCCCAAUUCAGACACUUCCACAGAGCCAGACGACACCAAAGCGAAUUGAUACUCCCAGCUUGGAGGAGCCCAGUGACCUUGAGGAGCUUGAGCAGUUUGCCAAGACCUUCAAACAAAGACGGAUCAAACUUGGAUUCACUCAGGGUGAUGUUGGGCUCGCUAUGGGAAAACUGUAUGGAAAUGACUUCAGCCAGACUACCAUCUCUCGCUUUGAAGCCUUGAACCUCAGCUUUAAGAACAUGUGCAAAUUAAAACCACUUUUAGAGAAGUGGCUAAAUGAUGCAGAGAACCUCUCAUCUGAUUCUACAGCAUCUAGCCCAAGUGCCCUGAAUUCUCCAGGGUUGGGAGCUGAGGGCUUGAAUCGUAGGAGGAAGAAACGCACCAGCAUAGAGACCAACAUUCGUGUGGCCUUAGAGAAGAGUUUUGUGGAGAAUCAAAAGCCUACCUCGGAAGAGAUCACCUUGAUUGCUGAACAGCUCAAUAUGGAAAAGGAGGUGAUUCGUGUUUGGUUUUGUAACCGCCGCCAGAAGGAGAAAAGAAUCAACCCACCAAGCAGUGGUGGGACCAGCAGCUCACCUAUCAAAGCAAUUUUCCCCAGUCCAACCUCACUGGUGGCAACCACACCAAGCCUUGUGACAAACAGUACAGCAACUACCCUCACAGUCAACCCUGUCCUUCCCUUAACCAGCGCUGCGGUGUCUAAUCUCUCUCUUACAGGCACUACAGAUACCACCUCCAACAACACAGCCACCGUGAUUUCCACAGCACCCCCUGCUUCCUCAGCAGUCACAUCCCCCUCAUUGAGUCCCUCUCCUUCUGCCUCCACCUCCACCUCUGAGGCAUCGAGUGCCAGUGAGACCAGCACAACACAAACCACCUCCACUCCUCUGUCCUCCCCUCUUGGGGCCAGCCAGGUGAUGGUAACAGCAUCAGGCUUACAAACAGCAGCAGCUGCUGCUCUCCAAGGAGCUGCACAGUUGCCAGCAAAUGCCAGUCUUGCCGCCAUGGCUGCUGCUGCCGGACUCAACCCAGGCCUGAUGGCACCCUCACAGUUUGCAGCUGGAGGUGCCUUACUCAGUCUCAAUCCAGGGACUCUGGGUGGUGCUCUCAGCCCAGCCCUGAUGAGCAACAGUACACUGGCAACCAUUCAAGCUCUUGCUUCUAGUGGAUCUCUACCAAUAACGUCACUGGAUGCAACUGGGAACCUGGUAUUUGCCAAUGCGGGAGGAGCCCCCAACAUCGUGACUGCCCCUCUGUUCCUGAACCCUCAGAACCUCUCACUGCUCACCAGCAACCCAGUUAGUUUGGUUUCUGCUGCUGCAGCCUCCACAGGGAACUCCGCACCUGCAGCCAGCCUUCAUGCCUCUUCCACCUCAGCUGAAUCCAUCCAGAACUCUCUCUUCACAGUGGCCUCUGCCAGUGGGGCUGCUUCCACCACCACCACCGCCUCCAAGGCACAGUGAGCUGCGUGCAGAGCUGGGCUGCCAUGAGCCUUUAUCACUGCAUUGUGAUGGGGCUGCCAGCUGUUUAAUAAACUGAAAAAUGUGAUUGGCUUCCUCUCGCCAUGUUGCAAGGGCAAGGGAGACCAGGAGAGAAGAGAAAAUACACAUACCAGAAAAAAAAAGGAACAGGACAACAUUUGCCUAAUUUUAUAAUAAAACAACGUCUUUUCAGGAUUGCUUCAUGGAUUGGAGAACUUUCUAACCAAAAAUUUAAAAGAAAAAAAAAAAAAAAAACAGAAACAAAAAAAUCAAAAACAGACAAAAAUAAGUGAAAGGACUACUUAUCAUUUCCAGCAGUCGUGAUGACAAGUUAAGGGUGUUUCUAGACUACAUAAAUGAGCCCAUUGAAAAGGAAGAGCUUGUGAAAAAUGGAUGAAGAUGGAUGAGGGUAAUUUAGAGAUUACAUUCCCCUUUUUCCCAAUGUCCUAGUAUUAUACUAUCUGUACCAAAAUUUUCCCAAAUGACUGGAUCACUGCAGUGAAGCUCAUCUAAGUUCCCCUUAUUGGAGUUAAGGUUCCCAUUUGCUGUCUGAGGGUGCUUGCUUACAUUUCUGGUGGUCUGCACUUUGUUCCCCCUUUUGGGCUGGGGGUGACUUUCCUUCUGACUGCUUUGCUUAUGUCCACAGGGAGCUUAAGAGUCUGUGUAUUUGUCUCUGUUCAGUGUUGUUCAGAAAGGCAGUAAUACAGACACAAAUGUGUACCUUUUCUUGUGAUUCAAGUGGGAGAUGGUCAUGUUAAGAUUAAAGUUCAGAAAUAUUUUGGUCCCCUUUAAAUUUUUCUUUAGCUCCCUUUGCUUUAUUUCUCAGAGUAUUUAAUUUUCACCCCUAAAUUUCUCUUACCUUUUGUUUCCCCUAAAAUCCCUCUAUAAAUCAGUGAACUGCAAGCAGGGAAACUAACAAAUGCUCAUUCACCUAUUUUGUGUGAUGUGUCUUUUUUGUUUUGUUUUUUUUUGUUGUUGUUGUUGUUUUGUUUUUCAAACUAAGCUUGAACCAAAGUCAAUUUUUAGCAAGCUGCUGUACUAAUGGACUAGUGAUAAUGUGCAGUUCAAACACAUUGAGGAGAUAGAUGCUACUGACAAUUUCUUACUCAUUUGUCUUGAUUAAUUUUAUAUGAAAGUUGCUGCUUGUUUUUAAUCUUUUAUGAUGGUAAAUUGUAAUAUCCUCUGGGCAGACCUCACCUUGACUUUUAACUAGUUUGUUUAGAUCGGUGUGUGCACAGAAUGGCCAUGUCAGUUACUAAUUCCUUUCUCACUGUCAACUUUUUCUUUGUUGUUAAUUUAAUCUUUAUCUUGACUUAACAUCUCUAACCUUAGUCUGUGCACAUAAUUUUAGGACUGUCAAUACUGUCUCUGCCCCUAGCAGAGAGUCCCUUCCUUGGGAGUGAUGAAAUAAGGAGGAAGGAUUCAGGGAGGGAAAUGCUGAUUCCACCAUACUGGAUAGAGGUUAUGGCAUUAAUUUCCCAAAAUUGCUACCAAAGGAAAUGUGGGGUCCCAAGGGACCCAGCCCAGUGAGUUAAGAAGGACAGAGAAAGGCCAUUUUGGUUGUUUUCUAUAAGUUAAAAGAAUCUCUUUCCCAAGUAAGAGUCCCCAACACACUUUGAUUUAAAGAAGUCAUUACACUUUAAGUAUCAGCCUGCUGGGCUUUCAGUCCCUUCUCUGUCUGUACUCUGUAGUCAGUUUGGGAAAGGAAUUCUGCCCUUUUUUAUGUAGAUCAUUUGAUGAGGCUAGACCUUAAGACCAGCAUAAAUAUUGUAUUGAGAAGAAGAAAUAAAUCUUUAGACAAAAAUAACCUUAAUUUUUUUCUCUUUUUUGCAUAUUUAAAACUUAAGUUGUGAGAUGAAAGGUACUUUUAGACAUGUACACAUGAAACACUAAUAUAGCUUGUUGGUGGGUGUUUAGUUUAAAAUCUGCUCCCAUCACCAUCCUAGAUAGUCUACUGACCAUAUUGCUUCACAAACACCUUAGCCCUUUUUUACUUGAUAGCAUUGUUUAUUAAUAAUCUCAAAUGCUUUUUGAAUUGAUUGAACUAUUUCCUAAGCUUAAAUACUCAGACUUAACUUUCAUGUGGGAGUCUAGAAACUAAAGGGGUCAUUUGACCAAAAGAAGUGUUUGGUUGAGUUUCUACAUUUCCAAGAGAAAACAUAGGUCAUUACAGCUCAUUGUUUCACUCUUCUUCCCCGUAACAUUUAUGCAAGCUUAAUUUCAUCUCUGAAUUUGGUAAACACAGAGGAAGCCAAAGACUAGUUUUAAAUGCAUUCGUAGGGAUACUAUAUUUGCCCAUGGUCAUGGGCCCUCCCUAGGGAGUAGAGAAUGUACUCGUUUAGAUCCUGUUUAAGCAAUUCAGUUUGGUCAUGAAUUUUAUUUAUACCCUGUGUAAAUCUGAAUGACAGCAGAAAGACCUAAAAAAAAAAGGGCUUCUCAAGGAAUAUUACUGUUCUAAGAAAUAAGUUGAGUGCUCUAUUAGCUUAAAUCUUUCUGAAGUUCUUAUAGGCAGCUUUUUAGAAUCAAGAAAAAUUAUUUAUAUCCAUUAACUGAUAUAAUACACACUUCCUUUUAUUUAUUGUCAGAAAGAUCAAUACUAUCCCUGUUUAUGUAAUGUGUUACUCCAGAAUGGAACCAGAGGAGUCCAGCUUUUAUUUUGUGUAUGACCAGACCUAUUUAUACUUCAUAGUAGUUUUAUUAGAAAUUAAUGAUUUUUUAAAAGGGAAAAUAUCAAAAGAAUUUUAGUCUUGCCAGCUUGUUCUAUAUCAUUCAUUUGUUGUUAGGAAAAAAAGCACAAUUAUACCUCUUUAAUGUUAUUUUGCCUAUUACCUAUCCUUUUGGAGGGGGAAGAUAGGGUAAAUCUCUUUAUUAUACAGAAGCACAGGUAUUUGCUUGACAAUAUUUCAGUUCAGCCCAAUCUUUAACAUUUAACUUGCUGUAAAAGCCAGAUACAUUUGUAAGGAUGGGAAUAUUAUGUCAGAGAAAUGCAAUAGUUCAUAGUCUAUAAAGUUACCCCCAAGCUUUGGCAUCCACAAAUCAUUCUUGACCAAGACAGAAAUAUAGUCAUUGAACUAGGAAGUCAAAGGAGAAGCCUCUUCUUGUUCCUCCCUGAGACAGGAGACAUGCUUCCCUGGUGUGCACUACUGGCAGCCUGCAUUGGCCCUGUUCCCUCAAGGAGUCCACAGACCAGUCCAAAGUUGAGCACACCUAAUUAAAAAAGGAAGGGUCUCACCAACUCAUCAGGAGAGAUUGGUCAGAAAUUUUCUCAUUAAAUUGGCUUCUAAAUUUGUUGAAUGUAAAAUGUAUUUAGUUUUCAAACUAUGAAAGCUGAAACAUUAAAGGACUGACUGUGCUAAUUAGAGAAAAAGGCUAAAAGACUUGAAACCUAAAAUUAUCCACGUGGACAGAAUUUGACAUACUAAUUGUUCAUAAGUUUACUUUUAUUUGUGGGCGUAACACAGCAUUAUUGUGUUAUGUUCAUAUAAACAUAUCUGUGACUGUUUUGAAAUCAUUUUCAGAUACUUUUUAAAAUUAGUCUUUCUUAAUAUUUCAAUUUUGAGAAGGAAAAAAAUCGUUGCCAUUCCUCUGGGAAUCAGAGUGGCUCUUAUGGGUUUUUGUGGAUGGUAUGUAGAGUACAGAUACAAGCUUGAAUAGGAAUAGGCUAAAUAAUUUGCUUUUGUUAUUAAAGACUGAUGGGAAUCCUGUUCUGCCUCAUCCUUUUCUUCAUCCAAAGAGACUUGAAAAGGUUCUAUCAGAAGAGUAGGGAACAUGUUCCUCAAAGGUUGUCCAGCUUUCAGCCAGUGUUUGUAUGGCUGUGGGCUGUGGCUUCUAGGCAUUCUGUUUCUGAAACAGUUCCUUAUUUUAAGUUUUCUGCUCUUGGCCUUUGCUAAAAGCAGUAAACCUGAGUGAACUGCAUGUCAAUUCCAUAAUCUGGAUCUUCUUACCUCUUUUCCUCCCCCUUAUUUUUCUCUUUCAGCAGUGGUACCUUAAUCUAUGAGGAUAAUGCUUGUGGGUAACAGCUUCUGGCACCUUCAUAAAAUACCUCAGCAUAGCUUAGCAUUGUUGCAGAACUGGUUUUAGACUUAAAAACCAAACAAAUAAAAGAUCUUUAUAAAUAGUGGAAAUAAUUCUAGUUGUAGUAUUUAGUUGAACUAAUGUUUAUUAUGAUCGAUAAACAUGAUUGAUGCUAUAUGUAUUUGGGUUCCUGUUUAUACGUUUCAGUUUUAUACAGUUGAGGGUUGGGGUGGGAGAAAAGAAGUUGAUUAUGUUAGAAGGAAAAUACUUCUCAUGUGUGUGCGCUUGUUUUUCUUAUAUCUGUCUUGCCAAAGGAAGCUUAAUAUUCUCUAUGACUAGGUUUGGGAUUUUUGGCCUCCCUAUGGUCUUAUCUGCAGCACAGUGUGUGGUAACAUGUGGGGUGUCCAGUAGGUUCAGGGUGCCCAACGGCACAUUUACAGCCCUUCCUGUGGCUACCACACCUCCCAGACCUGCCACCUCUCCUGGUGAUUCGUUACCUCUGUACAUAAGCAGAAGCUUAGGCAAAGGAAGAGUAUAUGUAUAUCCAGGUGUGCAGAUGAAAGAGACAGAAGCAGACAUGCACCAAGAAAUUUGGAGAGGAAUGGAAAUGGAUUAAUGUAUCUUGAUCUAGGAAAAUUAAGGUGAACCAAGUUCUUUGUGUCACUUCUGUUGUGUCAUUGAAUGUUGUGCUAGUAGUAGCCCAACAUUUCAAAACCUUAUUUCCUUUUCUUAUAUCAAGGCUAGUUUUGUCUAGACCAAAACACAAACAGAAGAAAAGCCAAACCAAGAAGUUUAAAGCUACUGCUCACUUGGCACCUGUGAUAAGGUAUGACGUUUAAGGAUUUAAGGUCAUGAGAUGGAGAACGUGUUCUUGGUGGGAAAUGUGAGUGAGAAAUGAUGCUGGUUUAGGAAAAAUUAAAGAGCCCUUUCUGCCCACACUCUGGGACAGACUGUCUUGACUCCCUAAGUUCCAGUAUAGACUUUAUCUCCAGAAUGGCUAUUUUUUUAAAUAAAUGCCGUCUUACUGAGCGUGAGUGGGAUUUGAUUUGAAUACCAAAGACUCUGCUAUGCCAUUGCCUAUCCUUAAGUUUUCCAAACAGGCAGGGGCAGGAGUAAAAUGCUGAAAUUGGGAAAUGCUUUGCCUUGUCUCUUCCCUUUUCUUUUUCUCCUUCCUCUCUCUUUGAAGGACAUCUUAUUGGUUAGUCUGGCUUUGGAAAAGAUGUAUUCUGUUUUACUCUGCUAGCUCUGUAUAUGGAUAGAAUUGCUUAGUAUAGCAUUGAUAUUCUUGGAAUUGACUGAGAAAGUAAUCUGGGGAGUGAAAAGAUAGUAAUAGAAUUCUUUAUUUAAUUAUUAUAAAUGAAACCAGUUUAUCCAGCCUGUUUGAGAUCAGGCCAUAUUUAGAUGCGAAGAGCAGAUUACAGGAAGACCAAAAGCUGUUUCCUUACUUAUCCUGUAGGGCUGAUUUGUUCCACAGUGUUUUUAUGAUAUAGCCUCUAGGGAGCUGAGUAGUUCAUUGUUUAGGUAUGCGAUUGAUAAACACUGACAGGGAAAAGAGGCAUAUUACAAUAGCCCAUCAAGAGUGAUCAGGUUGCUAAACUUCAUGAAAGCUUUACUAGUUAUUGUUCUGACAUUAUGUAAAAGUAGUGUUAAUGUGUGAGUUUUCAAAGCAUUAGGUAAAUUUAUAUGGUGAUAGGGAUACUGAAAAUAAGAGCACUUGAAACAGAAGCUGUGGGAAAAUAAGGUAUGGGUCAUGAACUCCACGGGGUCUGGAAGGGAAGAUAUGGUAUAUGAUUCCUCUGCAUCCCUGAAUCUGCCCACACUGCACAGGGCUCCACCACCCUUGCCCCCUUCUGGUUUAAACCCAGGGCACUGUCAGAAAGUAAGAACCUCAUGCUAAUUUACUAGGGGUGCAGGGGGAGAGUUGAGGUCUACUGCAAAAUUUUCCCAUGUUUUCUUUGUUUACUUGUUCAUUAGUAUUUAACUUGGCAACAGCCUCACAAAACAACUUAGAACUUCCCUCAUAAAGUGGCAGUGGCAUUGAAUUCUCACCGUAUCCCAAAGUCUGCAGGCAGACAGCCGGAUACAGUACUGUUUUUAAAAAGACAUCUGAACAUUUGAGUUCCUUAAAAUUGUGAUCUCUUUUGAGUAAAAAUUGACAGAAUCAUCUCCCAGCCCUAAGUGUCUCAAGGUCCGAAAAAUACAGGAGGAAAUGAAGUGCACUUUCCAAAACUGGUAUGACAAUAUCUGUUAGGAGUACCUGUGGUUUGGGCUGGCUGGGAGCACAUCUUGGGUUCCAUUCCUACAUGAAUCUGCAGAAGGCACAUGCUUUCUAAGAGUGGAGUGAUCUAAUGCUAAGCUUGUUUAACUUAAAACUGCAACCAAUUGGAGAAAAAAGGGGAGACGUGCCCCAAGACUCUGCAACCAUACUACAACAUUGACUUUCUACAACUUAAAUGCUAAGUAGUGUCUCUUCUAAGUCAGAUUGGGAGAGAAAGACUUCUUCCAGUUUCUUACCUCUGCCUGUGUGGGCAUGUGUGCAUUACUCAGUCCACAGGAGGGUUCACUCUGCAGGAGAUGCCCUCUUCCCAAAGUGGGCCUCAGUCAUUCCUCUCAUCUGCGAUAGUAGUGAAGGCUAGAUAAGUGUCGGGUAUUCUGCCCACCACACAUCCGGGAGCUGUUGUAUACCUCAUUUCUAACUCAUGACUGAGUAACUUGCUUUAACUUCCUCUCAACCCUACAGAGUUGCCAAGUCCGCCCUCCCUCCACUUAGUAAUGUUGAACUCUGGCCUAUAGCAUCAUAAGACCUGUGACCUAGGGUGGGACCUCCCUAAAGCCUCUGAAUGUCUCUGCUUUGAAGCUACUACAAACUGAGGGCAAAUUGCAAUCUCCUGUUUCUUUUUGUUGCCAGAGGUCUUCACAGGUCUCUUAACAUCUGUUUCCCCACCACCUUGCCUUUAAGGACUGCCAGCUGUCUUCACCCCCACCCACCCCAUACUUCUAACUGCUGGCCACACUUCAGCCUCUGUCCAUGCCUUUUCCCAGGUGGGGUAGUGGCUGUCCCCUUCUCUGAGGCCUCGGGGUUCUGUGCAUUAGCAGGACUUGGGGUACAAGAGAAGACACCAAAGGCUCAUUUAAGCUGACUGCUGCAUACGCAUUUCACUUUUUUCCUUUGUGACAUGACCAAAAAAAAAAAAAAAAAAAAAAAUCCAAAUAUUUAA